AUGGCGCGCAAAAAGAAUGGUCCGCUGCAAGAUGCGGCUGCGCAUGCCAGCAGCGAUGGGCUACCCACCGCCCAACAGCCCGGCACUCGUGCCGCGUCAACCAAGAAGCCGGCUCAGCAAGCUCACGAACCCUCAACUUCGGCACUAAUCAUCUGUCGCAACAAGCAUUGGCGGUAUAUAUCUUCGUUUCACGGUCCCUGGCUCCAGUUGCCUCCUGAGGUCCUCGAAUCACUCGCGCAUACCAAUUACCUGUCUCAACGCCCUCAUCCCAUCGACCCAGCCGUAUUCUACGACCUCGUCAAAAUCCGGAAGAAUGUCGAGGAAGCAACAAAUCUCGCUGUUCGCGCGACGAGUGGUCUCACAUCGGCGGCGUUGAGCAACUCCCUCAGUGCGAGCCACGGUAUGCUCGGUAGCGCUGCGGCUCUAGGAUUAGGCUAUAACUACGGCGGUGGAGGAGGUAAUGCGAAACUGAGUCGAGAGCGGAAACAUCGCAUGCGGGAGCUGGCCACAGCGAAAUUAAGUCAGGCAUACCGUCUGGAUGAGAUCGCAGCAAGCGUGGCCACCAUGCAGUCUGCCUCGACGCUGGAGAACGUUGCCCAACUGGUUCUACAAAGAAAUCCCAAUGACGUCGAGGCCAAAUACGUUCACUUUUUCCACGAGAAGAUACCGUCGAGGAUGAUGGCGCAAUGCACACCGUUGGAGGUGUUAGACAGUAUAGUCGCCGAAAGACCGAGUGAUGGCUCUCCUUUGAGGACUCGAGCUCUGACGCGCAUCUUCAAGGAGGAUUACGUCAAUGCUGCAAAGGACUUGACGGAAGGGUUGUCGCGGGCCAGAUAUAUGCUCGCGCAGCACCGUGCCGGCAAAGACCAGCUUGUCCUAGCGAAGCCACAGCAGGAGUUCCAUGCGCGGGAUUGGCGAGAGAUCAAGGUCGCGGAGGAAGACCAACCGAGUUCCUUGGAAACGCAGCUGCUAUUCCAUCGCGCAGGGGUCUAUUUUACGAUUGCAUGUCAGCAUGUCCAUGCCGCACUUGAUGGUCUGAGGGAAGCCGAGGAAGCGAAAGCAAGAAGGGAAGCACAGGAAGAAGCUGGAGAGGAACCUACGCCUGAGACUCCCGCUGAGCAGGCCGCACGUCACAAUCGUCUUGAAGCGCGUAAGCAAGUGCGCGCCAACGCGAAGCGUGCGAUACGGGACUAUACUGCGUUUCUUUCUCACUUUGAUUACACUCCCGGUAUCUCGCCUGAGGUGGCAGAAGCCUUACUACGCCAUCUGAAUGCUACCGCUGACGAGCCGAUAAAAGGGUCCGAGGGACCAGUCGAGCAGCAUCCCGACCCCUCAAGCCCAGCCACAUCCACUUCCACUUCCGAAGCCUUGAUCCCUCAUCGUCGCACACAUCAGUCUCAUCACCAACCCCGUCCUUGGCCUAAACUAGAUCCUCCUGAGGUCUUCAAAGUCAGCGAACUUUUCGAGCCGGCAGCACCCGCUUCUCUUCCCCCCUAUCCACCACUCCCUGACACCCCCUCCUCACCUUUCGCGGAAUCCCAAGAGGCCAUCACAUACCAUCCUCUCCUAACCGAUGCGCUUCACUCACUGCUCCUUUGCCACGCCCUUACACAGACCCCUCCCAAGGAACUUCUCCGUCACGCCCACAAUGCCGCCCGCCUAGCCCGUAUCUGUGAUGGGUACCCCAUCUUCCUGGCCGCUCGGUCACCAGCACGUGCCGACUGGAUUGAAGUGCUUCGAAGAACAGGGAACUGGAUCGGUCUAAAAUCAAGCUGGGAAUCCCUAUGUCGGCCUGCGCCCUUACCCGGCCAAGGCGGCCGGCAACCUGCCCAUAAGGCGUCUACCGCUGGGCGCACCACCGACGUCACCGUUGGCGGCAAGAGCUCAGACGGCGUGCUGCACGGGGCGCGUGAAGAAACGGCCGCUCAAAAACGAGAACGGCAAAAGCACGAAGCAAUCUUGGAGGCUUUGGCGGAUGAGCGGGUCGUGGAUGAGGACUCGUUCCAGCGUGCUGUCCGUGCGCGGGAGCAACGGUUUCGUGAGGACGAGGAGCUCGAUGCGAAGAACGCGGCUGCAAAUGGUGUCUCUUCGAUCAAAGCAACGGAAGAGGUUGAUGCCACUGCGACUGCCAACGGCACCGACAAGCCCAAGCUCAAAGAUCCUGGUGGAUUGAAGGCUGCUCCUCCUCCAAAGGCGUCCACGUCACCUUACCCGUCUACUCCGGCCCCCAAGCGAUGGGCGCAGGAUGACGGCCGGGAAUACCCCAUUUCGACGGAGCGCGCGGAGGCAAUUUCUCGCUGGGUCAGGGAAGCGCCGCUUAGUGGCAGUAACCCCGACGGCGCGGGCCCGAAGAAGACUCGCAAGAAGGGGAAACGAAAGGUCAAUUCUGCAGGGAAGGGGGAAGGUUCUAGCAGAGCAGCUAGCAGUGCUGGGUUAGAGAACAGUGUGGAGGGCCUGGAUAUUGAGGACGACGAGGGGCUGGAUUAGGGGUCCGGUGAUUUUAGUUUUGGCAACAUCAGCAGCUGCCACAGUGGAAAGUGUAUUCCAGCUAGCAUUGUCGCUUACAUAUGAAGCGUGUGGAAUAAUGAAAUGAUAUGUCCCU